ACAAUCUGAAAAUAUAGCGAUGGAACUGACUACAGCUUUGAUGGACAAGAAUCUGACAACUUCACCGCGACCUGAAUGGCCAUCCGCCGCUCCAGCAGCUCUGUUACUAGUUUUUGGACUUACGGGAAAUGUAUUGGCACUGACUAUUCUCUGUUGUUCUUCAAAAAAUCACAAAUGGCGACCCUUCUACCGCUUCGUUUGUGGACUUGCCAUCACAGAUGGGGGUGGCAUAUUGCUUUCCUACCCUAUUGUUAUGGUUCGUUAUGGUAGCGAAUUCAAAUUUGACUAUCCGCGGCCGUUGUGUGACUAUAUGGCAUUUAUUUUCAUGUUUACUGUUUUGGGUUCAGCACUAUUUAUUUGUGCAAUGUCUUUCGACCGUUUUAUUGCAAUUCUGUAUCCCCACUUUUACAACUCGCUAACAAAAAACACGAGAACUGUUUUAAUGAUAGUCGGAAUUUGGAUUUUUACUGCAUUUUCAUCAAGCCUCCAUCUGAUCGUUGGUCUUAAAAGUCAGAGUUUUUUCCCGGGUUCUUGGUGUUUUCUGGACUUUGUAGCAGAUGCCAAAUUAAACAGGAUCCUCGCCUUCUUUUACUCGUUGACGAGCAUUCUGAUUCUUGCCACCACAAUUGUCCUCAUCACAACAGUAAUUAUAAAAGUCUGCUAUGACAGUCGUAAGAAGAAGAAUAUGUGCAUAACAAAGAAGAAAAACACAUAUAUCUUGGUCUUCCUGGUCUUAGUCGUGAUCCUCUUUACAUCCUGUAUAACACCACUUUUAAUUAACAUUUUCGGACAUGCAAUUGGAACAAUUUCCGGAAAUGGGCGGUUUGAACUGAACGCUAUACGUAUUGCUGUCUUGAACUCCAUCAUUGAUCCAUGGAUUUAUAUUGUAUUCCGAAAAGAUACAUUCGCGUUUUUUAGGCGAUUGGCCUUAACAUUGGGACUUGUUUCUGAAUCAAGCUCAACCAGUGACUCUCCAUCCUCCCACAAAGAGAAUCAUAGCAGAGAUCCAUUUGUUUCAAUGUCGUCAAAGCAGUGGCGGGUCUGA